AUGCUCUCCCUUCCCUUCAUCACCCCACACGGUUCCCAUGAGCUUUGGGAUGGGUCCUCUCAACCAUACCGUUCUUCCUCACCACACAUCGGCCCUGGUGACCAAGUACCCAGCCAUCUCUCCCGCCGCAAUGCCCAGGCCAACACCACCCACCACCGCGGCUUCAUGCCCUCUCGCGGGGCAAAUACCCUCUCCGCACUGGUAAUCGAAGAACGCACCUUGCGCGCGCGGAAACAAAAUAUUGCUACUUUCGGAUACUCCUGGAUUCGACCGGCAGGAUGCGCGAAGACGAUGCUUGGUAUGAAAGAGGCAGAAGCAGAGCGUGAAGAGGCGCUUGCUGCUGCAGAGGCAGAAAUGGCGGCACAGGGUGAGGUAAUGGUAGAUGAUGAGACGGGGAUGCCGCGUCCGGAAGGUGAAGAGGGAGAAGAAGAAGAACAGAUCAUGGAGCGCGAUUUGGACGAUGAGAUCCCCGAUGCGGAUGCCGAGGCGGAGGGUCUUGUUGAGGAAGGAGAGGAAGGGCUUGAGGAGGAAGAUAUCCCCGAUGAAGCAGGGUAUAUGGAGCGAGAUCUGGACGAUGAUAUUCCCGAAGGAUAUCCCGAUGAUGAUUACGGCGAGGAAGGCUUCUACGACGUCGACGAGGAAGAUAAGGGGAAAGGCAUGACUCGCGACCUGGACGACGAGAUCCCGGACGCUGCGGAAGAUGGGUCUGCCCAGGAAGACGAAUGGCAGCACACCGAUACCGAGGAUGAGCUGGACGACGAUGAUGAUGACGAAGGAGACGAGUCAAGUAUUGUCCGCGAUCGAUUUGCAGAGAACUUCCGCACCAGCACGCCCAACACCCACGGCGGCCUCCCUCCACCGCCGGUCCGGCGAGACCGUGAGACAGACGCACAGCGCCGGUUCUUGCAACGCUGGAGUGGGGGAGGCGACGCGCUGGAUUCCAGCAGUAUGCUCUUUGACGACGAUGAUCUCCGUGCCUCAAUCACAAGUCAGGGCAGCCGUCGAAGCGGAUUUGGGCGACGGUUACCGCGACGGGUAGGCGGACCCAGAGACAGCCUUGGUUGA